GUUCAAACCUAGAUCCAACCCUUUUUUUUAUAAUCAUUUGAUGGAGAACCAGAUUUCAUAUUAUCUACCCUUCAUUGCUCGUGCUGCAGGCCAUGGCGGUUUCCGUAAUCUAUACCCCUUCAUUUUCGCAGGCCGGGAAGGUAGAGAUGCAGCCUAUGACCCCGUUGUUUUGAAGGAAACAGAUAUCGACGAGUUGUUGUUCACCCCAGCCCGAAUAAACGAGCAGUCUCCUUAUAGACAAUUUUUCUUAAAAUGUCUACGAGCACGAAACCCUUCCGCCCUCUACAUCGAAGGACUUCGGCUUGGUUGUCAAGGUGGACCUAUAGAUCGAGCUAUUCUUUUACUCGAUGGAGCAUCCAGACAUUUGAAGUAUGCAAUUUUCGCACUUGCGCUAUUCUACAUUUGCUCAGGGAAUCAAGCCGCGUCCGACAGGGCCCUAGCGCCGCUGUGUAGAUCACAUCCAAAUCAGCCUUUGUACACGUGCGGUGAAGGGGGAGAGGCCGAACAGAUCUGCAACAUGAUCUUUAUGCAAAUCAAUUCGAUGGUUCCGGCUGAAACAGGGAGAUUCGUUAAGACUUGGUCUUACAAACCUAUCCCUGAAUGUGUUGCAAGAGUUUGCGACGAUGAUUGCGAUUGUUUUUUCCAUUGUAGCAUGGAAUUGUCAUGUAAUAAGUGUUUCUUUUACUGGAAAUCCAUGAAGUUGUGUGAGAUUUGCUAAAAGAACAAAAGGUGUUAAUUUCA